CAAACUGGCUGGCUGUUUGGUUGGCGGCGCUAGCCGAUUGUCUGCAGUUUUGUUUGACUGCUGCUGCUGCUGUUUAUUGUACGCCUUCGCGUAUCUUUUAUAUUCAGUUAAGUACAAGACUUGGAAGCAAACGGUUCGCAAAGCGGCAGCAAGCAACUAACAGUUUGAAAUAAAUAAAAGUGUAACUAAUUUAAAGAAAUUUUUUAAUUAUUGUAAGAGAACAACAAGUGAAAAAGUACUUGAAAUUUGUGUAGUAGUGAAUUGAUUGGAUUUGGAAAGUGAGUUGAAAGUUCAAGUGAGAAGAAAAAAAAAAAACAAAUUACGAAAAUAGUAUAAUAAAAGAUAUAAAUUAAUAAUACGAAACAACUUUGAAAAAGCGUAAAAAUUUAGAGAAACAAAAAACCAAAACAAAAAAAAAAACACAACACCAACAAAGAGACAAAAUAAUAUAAUCAAAAAAGUAAAACAAAAUACACCGUAAAAGGGGGGAGCGAAAAGUAGAACGCGGGCAAAAGGCUAACGCGUUGAAAGCUAGACGCUGAAACUAAGUGUAAAUGAAAGAAGAAAACCUAUGGAAGAAGUGGAAUACACAAGAAAUUUUGAGUAAAUAGCGAAGAAAGCAACGAGUAAGGAAAAAAUCAUCGUCACAUCCCACCCAUUUUGUGAUAAAUUCUUCAAGUCGAAGGAAGCAAAGGCGCAAACUAGGUAUAUGGCGCAAAAGAGCCGCCAAAUUUUAGAAACAACAACAAGAAAAUAUUAAUUUUAAAAAUUAUUGUUCCAUAGGGCGCUCGAUUUAUAGACGAAACGUCUGCCAACCGCCAAACGAGGCGGUCGCACAUCUAACGAGCGGAGAAACGGCAACGUCUCAAACUCGCACAAGCCACCCGCACGUUGUUACAUAUUCAAGCACGUACACAAACAUACAAACAUAUAUAUACAUAAUAUAUAAUAUAUAUACAUACAUAUAUACAUUGUGUAUACAUAGCCAGCCACAAGCUGCACGCUUGUGUACAAGAAACAUUGUCGUAUUGUGUCCGAAAAAUUUUUAUUUUUAAUUUUUCAAAUUUGUGAAAAUUUUUGAACAAUAUUUAUUUUUAAAAAUUUCGCAAGCGCGUCGGUUACGAUGAAGUAAGAAACAAGCCAAAAACAAAAGAAAAAAACACAGACAAAAAAAAAAAACAAAUACAACUAAGUACAACAAAAAUGUAUGCAAAUAUAUGAGCGCAAACAAAGUGGAAGAAGUGUUUAGUAGAUUAAAAGAAAAAUUAAAAUAUAUUAAAAUAAAUAUAAAGCAGCAAAAAAAAAAAAAACAAAAAUUAAAUAAAAUUGCCAACAAAGAAAAACAUCUUCAGCAAAACACAAAAAAAAUAUUAUUAUUCUAAUUAAAAAUAUUAAAUAAGAAUAAAAAAAAUUAACAAUAAGAAAACAAACUCGAAUCAGCUAAACCGUGAAGUAACGCAAACACAAAAAAAAAAAAAAAAAAAAAUCAAAAACACUUCACGCACACAGUCGCAUCCUAUUCCAGCUAGUGACGCGCCGUUUUUUCCACACUUCACUGCGUUUUUUCAAUAAGUUUGUUCUGUGCUUUUCGAAUUUCUUGGCAGCUCCAACGGACACUAAGCAACACGAUUGGAUAUAACCUCUCGUCAGCACUUACUCCCAUCUACACACACACGCCCGCGCAUUCACAGUAGUAUGUCUGCGGCUACCACAUAUACGCGCCUGCGAAACUUGGGCCCCAGCUCUAGCAGCAAAAUGGCACCAAACACUUCUCUAUUUUUCGACAAAAAAUCCACUAACGAUGCCACGUUCACACUCAAACUUGGCAGCGCACGCUUUAAUGGCACAACCAAUGGAAAAAGUAAUGGCAGUGGUGGCGGCGGCGGCGGCGGCGGAAGUCACAGUGUAGGCUCCAGUGAAUCUUCAGAUCCACUAGAAUCCGAUUGCAGUGAGGAAACCGAAGAGGAAGAGGCGUCCAAAUGUGUAGUGGAUGAUGAAGCGCGACGACAGGCGCACAAAACUAAGGAGGUUCAAGAAGAAGAUGACGAAGAGGAGGAGGAAGAUGAUGAUGAAGAGCUCGAUGAGGAGGAUGAUGAUCCCGAAGAGGAGGAAGAAGAUGAUCCCGAUGAGGAGGAUGAUGGCAAUGAGACUGAUGAUGAGGGUGAUGAUGAUGAAACAGAUGACAGUAGCAGCGUCGAAACAGCGAAAGGUGUGCGCAAAUAUCAUCUGGAUGAUUUUCAAAUAAUCAAGACUGUGGGUACUGGCACUUUUGGCCGCGUUUGUUUAUGCCGCGAUCGCGUGUCAGAGAAGUACUGUGCCAUGAAAUUAUUGGCUAUGACCGAUGUGAUACGCUUAAAGCAAACCGAGCAUGUGAAGAAUGAGCGAAAUAUUUUACGUGAAAUUCGACAUCCAUUUGUGAUCAGUUUAGAAUGGUCGACAAAGGAUGACUGCUGUUUGUAUAUGAUUUUCGAGUAUGUUUGUGGUGGUGAAUUGUUUACAUAUCUGCGAAAUGCGGGACGUUUCAAUAGUCAAACUUCCAAUUUCUACGCCGCUGAAAUCGUGUCCGCCUUAGAAUAUUUGCACUCACUGCAAAUUGUUUAUCGCGAUUUGAAACCAGAGAAUUUGCUGAUAAAUCGAGAUGGCCAUAUGAAGAUUACCGAUUUUGGUUUUGCGAAGAAAUUGCGUGAUCGCACUUGGACGCUAUGUGGCACACCCGAAUAUUUGGCACCCGAAAUUAUACAAUCGAAGGGUCACAACAAGGCUGUGGACUGGUGGGCGUUAGGUGUACUCAUUUAUGAGAUGCUCUCCGGCUAUCCGCCUUUUUACGAUGAGAAUCCAUUUGGUAUUUAUGAGAAAAUUCUGAGUGGUAAAAUUGAUUGGCCGCGUCACAUGGAUCCAAUUGCGAAAGACUUAGUUAAGAAAUUGCUGACGAAUGAUCGCACCAAACGCUUGGGCAACAUGAAGAAUGGGGCCGAUGACGUGAAGCGACAUCGAUGGUUCAAACACUUGAAUUGGAAUGACGUCUACAACAAAAAGCUAAAGCCCCCAAUUAUUCCCGAUGUCACAUCCGAUGGUGAUACGAGCAAUUUUGAUGAUUAUCCCGAAAAGGAUUGGAAGCCCGCCAGAGCAGUAGACCAAAGAGAUUUGCAGUUGUUUAAUGAUUUCUAAAAUAGUGAAUAAGUUUUGUAGCUGUAUUUAUUUAUUACCUACCUACUAAUGAUAAUUAAAAUAAAAUUAUAAACAAAUUAAAGUUAAAAUAUAAAA